AUGCGUGCUUUCUUCUCCCUACUAGUGGCUCUCUUUGCAAGUAGUGAAGCACGCUUGCUCGCGACGCAGUCUGACCAGCCCCAAAGCACUCCGCUGAAUAAGAACGCUCAGCUCGGCUGUCGUGUCCUUCGGGCGGUCGACGAUGUCAGUGACGAAGAGAGAUCAUGGGCCCGUAUCAACAGCGUUGCCCUAACCAGGGCAGAAGCGAAGGUGUGGCUGCAGGACUGGGUUGAUCAGAGGAAAAGCAUGAAGUGCGUUGCCAAACAAAUGGGCCUGUGCAAUUUAAAGGAGGACGAUUUGUUGAAUCAUAUCAACUUUCCAGCCCUUCGCAAGUUUGUGAGAAUGGAUAUUGAGAGAAGAACUGGUCGCAAGUUGCCGAAAGGUCAAGAGAAUAUUAGUUUCUUGGAUACAGUGACCUGUUCUGCGAGCGAUAUCGUUCCCGUAGGCACAGGAUCGAAAAUUCUUAACGCAACACAACAGUUGCUUUUUCACCCCCAUUUUUGGAUAUGCACUACUACAGAAUACUAUAAUUUAUUACGUGUUCGCGUAGCCACAUUUACACCUGCGCUAGGCUCAGCUUUGCUAGCUGGUGGUAUAAUGUGGUGUCCGCGUCCGGUCUCUCUUCGCCGAAAAUGA